CAGAAAUAGCAGCAGAAGGUGKAUUUUUGUUAAAUACAUAUCCAGAUGACGCUGCAUASUAUUUGCGURGAACUGUUGGUGUGUUCGAAGCGUGACUGUCUARUAUUUGCUCGAGCUACAAAUCGAUUUCCGGUUCCUUUCCAGCGCGGUUUUGUUAAGCGCACAUUUCUAUGUAGCAGCUGUUUUGUAUGAGAUUGAACAUAUCCUAACAUCAUGUCGUACCCAACCGAAGAAACCGAAGAAUAUGACCCUUAUUCCUACACAAAUGACGAUUAUCUUCAUACUGGUGACCCUAAAGCCGACCUGGCCUACGAGCGCCAGUARGAGCAGCAGACCUACCAUGUCAUCCCCGAGGUGAUCAAAAACUUCCUUCAGUACUUCCACAAGACCAUCUCGGACCUCAUCGACCAGAAGGUGUACGAGCUGCAGGCCAACCGUGUGUCGAGCGAGAGCAUCGAGCAGAAGAUUUAUGAAAUCCAAGAUGUCUACGAGAACAGCUGGAACAAACUGACUGACCGCUUCUUCAAGACGUCUCCUUGGCCAGAGGCUGAGGCCAUCGCUUCCCUCGUCGGAAACGAUGCUGUGUUCCUGAUCCUGUAUAAGGAGUUGUACUACAGGCACAUCUACGCCAAAGUCAGCGGAGGACCCACUCUCGACCAAAGAUUUGAGUCUUACUAUAAUUACUGCAACCUCUUCAACUACAUUCUAAAUGCAGAUGGYCCUGCCCCCCUGGAGCUUCCCAACCAGUGGCUCUGGGACAUUAUUGAUGAGUUCAUUUAUCAGUUCCAGUCAUUCAGCCAGUAUCGCUGCAAGACAGCCAAGAAGUCUGAGGAGGAGAUUGAGUUCCUUAGGAACAACCCCAAGAUCUGGAACGUCCAUAGUGUUCUGAACGUACUCCACUCGCUGGUGGACAAAAGCAACAUCAACCGCCAGCUGGAGGUCUAUACCAGUGGAGGCGAUCCAGAGAGUGUGGCUGGGGAGUAUGGCCGUCACUCCCUGUAUAAGAUGCUGGGAUACUUCAGCCUGGUGGGGCUGCUGCGGCUGCACUCUCUGUUGGGGGACUACUACCAGGCCAUCAAAGUCCUGGAGAACAUCGAGCUCAACAAGAAGAGUAUGUACUCUCGUGUGCCCGAGUGCCAGAUCACCACCUACUACUACGUGGGCUUUGCCUACCUAAUGAUGAGGAGGUACCAGGACGCCAUCCGUGUGUUCGCCAACAUCCUCCUCUACAUCCAGAGGACCAGGAACAUGUUCCAGAGGUCCACCUACAAAUAUGAGAUGAUCAACAAGCAGAACGAGCAGAUGCACGGGCUGCUGGCCAUCGCCCUGACCAUGUACCCCAUGCGCAUCGACGAGAGCAUCCACACCCAGCUCCGGGAGAAGUACGGAGACAAGAUGCUUCGCAUGCAGAAGGGAGACCUGCAGGUGUUUGAGGAGCUCUUCAGCUUCGCCUGUCCCAAGUUCCUGUCCCCGGUGGUGCCCAACUACGACAACGUGCACCCCAACUACCACAAGGAGCCCUUCCAGCAGCAGCUCAAGGUGUUCGCCGAGGAGGUGCAGCAACAGGCCCAGCUCUCUACCAUCCGCAGUUUCCUGAAGCUCUACACCACCAUGCCUGUGGCCAAGCUGGCAGGCUUCCUGGACAUGACAGAGCAGGAAUUCCGCAUCCAGCUGCUGGUCUUCAAACACAAGAUGAAGAACCUGGUGUGGACCAGUGGCAUCUCUGCCUUGGACGGAGAGUUUCAGUCCGCCUCUGAGGUCGACUUCUACAUCGACAAGGACAUGAUCCACAUCGCAGACACCAAGGUGGCCCGCCGCUAUGGAGACUUCUUCAUCAGACAGAUCCACAAGUUUGAGGAGUUGAACAGAACGCUGAAGAAGAUGGCUAUGAGUGGAGCCAGCACCACUGCCACCACAACCACCCGGGCCACAUGAGUCGGAACUCUUGAUUUACAGUGUGUGGUCGGCCUACCUGGCUCCACCAAGAGAACUAUCAAUAAUGCUUUUUCUAUGUAGUUUGAAAAAAAACAAAAGAUGAAGUGGUUUCCUGCUGGUGUUUUGUUCAGGUGCACAUGUAGUCAUCGUGGUCAUUUCUAUUAAUGAACAGGUUGUACUGUGAUUUUAGUACCUUUUACGAAUAGUACAGUAGUUGAUGAUACAUCAGAACCACUAGAUGGCAACAUUUAGCUACCAAUGUCCAAGUUACUCUCUAUCGUAAAAGUUAUAGAACUUGAGUUUUGUAUGUUAUUAGGUGAACUACUGAGAUUAUCUAAUGUUUAACAAAUGUUAACUAUAAAAUGUCAUCCAAUAUCAUGA